AUGACCGCCGUAGACCGCCGACUGCAGUUGCUCCGCCAGCACCCUCAGGAACCAGACCCUCAAUUCCCCUGCUCCGUUUCGGAGAAUAAUCAUGUGGACCUCCCACUCCAUCCACUUGCAUGUCUGGCCCUACCCCUACCUACUCGCGGGGAAACCCUGCCAGCUAGCCCCCAGUUCCCCUCCUUUUAUCUGCCUGGGGUCAAGCCCCUCCUCUUCUGCUCUUUGGUCCUCAGAAGCCGGUGGCGCCUGUCCGUCUUUGUCAAUAACAUGGUUGCGAGCAGAAGAUCCAGGGCCUUGGACCGUGGCACAGCUCAGUAUGGAGUCACCAAGUUCAGUGAUCUCACAGAGGAGGAGUUCCGUACCAUCUACCUGAAUCCCCCUAGAGAAGAGCCUGGCAACAAGAUGAAGCAAGCCAAGUCUGUGCCUCGCCCCACCUUGAAUGGGACUGGAGGGAGUAAGGGGCUGUCCAAAAGUCAAGGACCCAGCCUACCCCUCAAGGAGGGCUUCUUGGGACCAGCCUUCUGUCUCCUAAGCUCUUGGACUGUGGACAAGAUGGACAAGGCCUGCAUGGGCGGCUUGCCCUCCAACCCCUACUCGGCCAUAAAGAAUUUGGGAGGGCUGGAGACAGAGGAUGACUACAGCUACCGGGGCCACAUGCAGGCCUGCAACUUCUCAGCAGAGAAGGCCAAGGUCUACAUCAAUGACUCCGUGGAGCUGAGCCAGAAUGAGCAGAAGCUGGCAGCCUGGCUGGCCAAGAGAGGCCCAAUCUCCGUGGCCAUCAAUGCCUUUGGCAUGCAGUUUUACCGCCAUGGGAUCUCCCGCCCUCUCCGGCCCCUCUGCAGCCCUUGGCUCAUCGACCAUGCGGUGUUGCUUGUGGGCUAUGGCAACCGCUCUGACAUUCCCUUCUGGGCCAUCAAGAACAGCUGGGGCACUGACUGGGGUGAGAAGGGCUACUACUACUUGCAUCGCGGGUCUGGGGCCUGUGGUGUGAACACCAUGGCCAGCUCGGCGGUGGUGGACUGAGGAGGGGCCCCCAGCUCAGGACCUGGUGCUGAUCAGAGUGGCCGCUGCUGCAGCCUGACGUGUCCAGGCCCCUCCCCAGGAGGUACAGCUGGCAGAGGGACAGGCACUGGGUACCUCAGGGUGAGCAGAGGGCACUGGGCUGGGGCACAGCCCCUGCUUCCCUGCACCCCACUCCCACCCUGAAGUUCUGCACCUGCACCUUUGUUGAAUUGUGGUAGCUUAGGAGGAUCUUGGGGUGAAGGGUGGUAUCUUGGCAGUUGAAGCUGGGGCAAGAACUCUGGGCUCGGGUAAUGAGCAGGAAGAAAAUGUUCUGAUCUUAAGCCCAGCUCUGUCCUGCCUCCGCUUUCCUCUGUUUGAUACUAUAAAUUUUCUGGUUCCCUUGGAUUUAGGGAUAGUGUCCCCCUCCACGUCCAGGAAACUUGUAACCAACCUUUUCUAACAGCAAUAAAGAUGUGUCCUGGUCCCUAG